AUGAGACUGGUAAGCUUUACUUUCCCGUAGUACGUGCGUAUAUUUGAACAUUAGUUAGCUAGUAGUUACAACCAGGCUAGCCAGGCAGCAUUGUCGAAGACACUCAGCAUUCAGUUUACAACAGAAGCAAAAACACACGACCAAUGUCCAGCGACACUUUCAAAGAUUUGACACGGUCCCGGGAGAACAAUGUUGUCACUGAGAAUAAGGAUGUAUAUAUCGGUAAUAACGGAGAAACAGAGACUCUCUCAAAAAACCAGAGGAAGAAGCUUAUGAGGCACCAGAAAUGGGAGGAGGAGAGGAACCUUCGCAAGUAAGUAACGUUAGCUAGCUAGUUUGCCUGGAAAUUUGCGUUUGAAUCAGAAAGGUUUCCUCUCACGACCUCUACAAACCAGAAUCUUUAAUAAAAUGAUAUUUUAACUUACUUUAUUGGUUGUCUGUGCGGUUGGUCAUUUGCAGGUAGGCAUGUGAGACAAUAUAUCCACAGGAAAGUAUAAUUAAAUCAACUUUUCAAAGCAACAGUAGUGGGUUCAGAUUUCUAUCACCUGAAGAAUGCACACAAGAUGAAAGUACAUGCACGCCAUGCAUUUAUACCUCAGUGAUGCAUACUUGCUGAGCUCCUGCACAUAUUUACAUGGUCCUGUUCAUGCUUCAGGUGAUAGAAAUCUGAAUUCACUACCAGCGCUGUGAUAAGGUGAUUUAAUUAUACUUUCCUGUGGAUAUAUUGUCUCGCAUUCCUACUGUCAAAAGGACCAACAGUUGUAACAACUGGUAGAGUAUGUUUAAAUGUCAUUUUAUUCAGCAUGCUGGCUUGUAGAGGUUGUGAGAGGAAACUUUAUUGGCAAGUAGCUAGUUAACUAGCUAGGUAUACUGUGUUUCACAUUAAGUUAUGUUUUCAAUUUCAAAUGCCCUCUGUAUUCACUUAGGCUACUUCUUAGUGAUUAUGUACAUAUUGGGCUAUUAUUAACUCAGCAGUAUGACAUCAUCAUACUACUUCCUGCUUACAAACUACAACAACAACAACAUAAUUCAAAUCUACCAAGAUUGCCACUAUUGACUUAUGGCAAGUUGUGCCUUGAAACAUGCCCAAAUGACAAAUUGGAAUGUUGUUGUUGAUAUCCAUAAGCAGAAAGCACCAUUUUGUGUAUGAUGAUCAUGUAUUGUCUUUCCUUUUUAAGUUCAGUUUGACUAACUUUGUACAUGGUGCGUUCUUCACAGGCAGAAGCGGAAGGAGAAGAGGCAGAAGAGGAGCCUUGAGAGGAAGACCCAGGGGGAGGAGGGAGGGGAGUUUGUGGCUGGCCGGAAGCGUUUGAGGAAAGAGGUGAAGCCCAGCAGCUCCCUGAGACUGGUGAUAGACUGCAGCUUCGACAACCUCAUGAUGUUUAAGGUACGUAGGCUGUCAGGGCCCCCAUGGUCAGUAGGGCACAACGUAGUGGAAUGUUCAGAUAUAAAUAUAUUGUGUAGAACAACAUUCAUCUCAGACAUGUAGAGUAACGAAUCACGUCAGUUCUAUUCAUGGCAUUUCCGUCUGACUGCAAUGUUCCGUGUAAAUACAAGAUGGCACAGUAUUGAAACCUGUGUUUCAUGCUUUUUGUAUUGUUUCCCCUGUGAAGGAUGUUAGGAAGCUCCAUAAGCAAAUCCAGAGAUGCUAUGCAGUGAACAGACGAGCGGUGCACCCUGUUCAGGUGAGUCUACCUGCCCCACAGGACCCCCUGCAUCAUCUGUUGCAGAAUCAUCCAUCAUCCACCGCUGAACUCAAGUGAUUCAAGACUCAUUCAUCUUAGUGCUGUAUUUUCUCUCUUCAUCUCCCAGUUUUAUCUAACCAGCCUUGGUGGACAGCUGAAGCAAAACAUGGAUAAGACUGAUGAAGGAUGGGUUAACUGGAAGGUGAGUGUACCCAGUCUGUUAGUUUGGAUAUGCACUGCAAAUGCCUGUUGAAAUUACUAAUGGAAAUAGUUAGGGGGGGGGGGGGGGGUUCACAGAUACACUGCACAUGUUACACUGUUUUUCAGAAGAUGGGGAAAGGACUUGAGGGGUAUACAUAUAGAUGGGGAGUAAUGUAUGCCUCAAUGUCUCGUGGGGGUUUCCAUAUUUAAAGCUCUGGCAAAAGGUAGGCAAGAUUCUUGUCUGGUGGAACAACAUAUCUUGUCAGUGUUUUGAGCUGGGUGCAACUGGAUGCAUUCACAAGUCAACACCUCUCCCAAACACUUGCCAACACUUUCCAUCAGAUGCCAACUAUUAUCAUUUUUGUGGGGGAUAUUACCCUUUAAAUACCCCACUACUCAGCGACGCAAUCUGAGUGGUUCAAAAGGGCUGUAAGUGAAGAAGGAAGAGUAAUGUGUCAUUAGGCCGUGGGUCUUAUGUAGGUGAGGAGGAAAGGUGGCAAAUUACAUUAACACCUGGUACCUUUUGUGUGUGUGUCUGUGUGUGUCCGGGGCAGGAUAUAACAGUGAAAACAGAAGCGUACCAUGAGGUCGUGGCCAAGGAGGAGCUGGUGUACCUGACCUCUGACUCUCCCAACGUUCUGACGGAGCUGGACGAUACCAAGGCCUACGUCAUAGGAGGCCUGGUGGAUCACAACCACCACAAGGUCAGGACUACAGAAUGACCUAGAACAUUUAGAAGAUUCCUUUAUGGUCUAUUGUCACAGGACACCGAGAUGAGUAUUUUUUUAACUCAACAUGUUGGGUAUGUUAAGCAGCAAGUCAAGACAACCAAUUCCAAAUCGACCCCCUACCCCUAGACACUUCACCUACAUCUGAGCCAUUUAAAUGGGAGCCCUCUUCAGGGUCCCAUUUAUGUCAGUCAUUGGGGAGCAUUAUGUCUGACCUUUUACCUUGUCCUGUAGGGCAUCACCUUUGAGCGGGCUCAGGAGCUGGGGAUCAACCACGCACAGCUCCCACUGAACAGCUUCGUCAAGAUGAACAGCCGCAAAGUGCUGGCGGUCAACCACGGUGAGGAACUAUCCUAAUGAUUUACACCUCAAGAUAGGACACCACCUCCAUUUACUGUAGCCUGUUCAUGUAGUUUGUAGCAUUGACAGACUUAUGAAAUGUGAAUAAAAGCAUGAGUGGUAUGUGAUAGAAUUAAUGUGAUAAGGGUUUUUCAAUAUUCAUUUAUGAAUGUAUAACCGUGUUUGUGUGUGUGCAUGUUCCCUGCCACAGUGUUUGAGAUCAUGCUGGUGUACCUGGAGAAGGGGGACUGGCAGGAGGCCUUCUUUCACCGUCCUGCCUCUAAGGAAAGGGGCCAUUCCCCUGGGCCAAGAGGGAACAGCCACGGAAGACAAGGAGGAAGAGGAGGAGGAUUCUGACAGAGACUCAGACACAGCAGAGACAGUCACACAUAACACCACGAACACACAGGACCAACAGGAGAAAGUACAGGGAGGACAGGACACGUUGCAGUUGAAAGAGGCCCCCAAAGAGCAGACUGCAGCAUAGCCCCCAAUGCUACCAUGUUCUUCUGGGUCUUAAUAUAAAUUGUUAUCGGUUGCAAAGUGGUUGAUUUAGUGAAUUGCGAGUUUGAGUUCUGUAUGUUUUGAUUGCAGAAUUAUAGUCAUUUUUAGUCUGUUUUGUUAUCAGAUUUAUGCUUUAUUUAAUGGAAGAUAUUUGACUUGGAGUGCAUAUAUUAAGUAAACAAUUCACACGUUUGCUUGUUAUACCUUCUGACCUGUUAUUGGUGCUCUGCAGCAAGUCUUAUUAUGCUUUUCAUUAAAUGUAAAAACAUUUUUACUUACACAGUCUGGUAUUACUAGUAUAAAAUUGGGUCUCUGUAUGUAAAAUAACAUAAAACUGUUAAACAAUCUAUGUGAAAUUAAAGUUGCCUGGUAAUUCAUCCAAA